UUAGUGCAACUUGUUCAUUUCUAUUACUAAAACGUAAAAAAAUGAAAAGAUCAUUUACGUUUUUCAUUUUAGCGCUAAUUGCUACCGUAAUUGCAGAUGAUGAUGAUAAUAAAUUCCUGGAAGGGAUUGCAAAAGAAUUUAACAUAGCUAUAUCAAAACUACAGACAUGUCUGGACGAAGAAGAAAUCAAAAUAGAGCAGUUACGUAAUUCAUUGCAAAAUUUUAAUUGGAAUGGCAUGCAGGAAGAAUAUGAAGGCGCCAAAGAAGAAAUAAAAUCUUGUGGUUUUAUAGCUUGUACAUUAGAAAAGCAAAGAAUGAUGGAAGAUGAGAAGUUAGUUGUAGAUAAGAUAAUUGAAAAUAUAGAAAAAAAUAAUAGUAAGCAUGGUGUGCCACAAUCUUCAGAGGAAAUUUUAAUGAAUUGGAAAAAAUGUAUGAAUUCAUUAAACGAAAACAGCCAAUUUACUCGGGAAGAUAGAGCCUGUGGUUUAAUACAUUGCUUUUCACUCAGUUAAACGGUGAGAGACGGUAAAAUAAUAUUGUAAAAUGCAGUAUAUCGAUUGGACAGAAAAUCAUAAUAUUUCCUAUACAUAUAUAUAUAUAAAUAUACAGUGACAAUAUAGUACAUAAAUAUUAAAUUUCUGAGACAUCGAGAUUUAAACAAAGUAAAACGCCAUUUUUCUGUAGAUUCACAAUAAAU